AAUAGAGCGACAAAUUCAUCAGUGAAACGAAGAUGGCGGAAUUGAGAGGACUGAAGCUGGAGCAGAGGCAUGGGAAAUCCAGAGUGAGAGUAGCUAGGGUUUGGAGAGAUCGAGAUGGAAAACAUCACUUUGCUGAAUGGAGCGUUAACAUCAGUCUCAUCUCCGAUUGUUUACCUGCAUAUGUCUCCGGCGAUAAUUCCGAUAUCGUCGCCACCGAUACCAUGAAGAACACUGUAUAUGCGAAAGCUAAGGAAUGUUCAGAGAAACUUUCAGCUGAAGAUUUUGCCAUUGUACUUGCAAAGCACUUCACCUCCUUUUAUCAGCAGGUCACUGCUGCAAUUGUUAAUAUAGUUGAGAAGCCAUGGGAACGCAUUAGCAUAAAGGGCCAACAACAUGAACAUGGUUUUAAGCUUGGCUCUGAAAGACAUACAACUGAAGUAAUGGUCGAUAAAUCAGGAACAUUGCACCUGACAUCUGGUAUUGAAGGAUUAUCAAUUCUGAAGACAACUAAGUCAGGUUUUGAAGGAUUCAUUAGGGACCGGUACACUAUGUUGCCUGAAACACGCGAAAGGAUGAUGGCUACAGAGGUCACUGCAUCUUGGAGGUACUCUUUUGAAUCUCUCUCAAGUCUUCCCCUGAAGCCUCUGUAUUUCACAGAUAGAUGCAUAGAUGUGAAAGAGGUCCUGCUUAACACAUUCUUUGGACCAUCUAAGGAAGGAGUAUACAGCCCUUCUGUUCAAGCCACACUUUACGAAAUGGCAAAGGCUGUUCUUGGAAGGUCUCCUGACAUUUCAUUCAUUCAGUUGAAGAUGCCAAAUAUCCAUUUUCUGCCGGUCAAUUUGCCAAGCAAAGAUAAACCAGACAUUGUUAAGUUUGCUGACGAUGUUUACUUGCCAACGGAUGAACCACAUGGAACGAUUCAGGCGACUCUCAGUCGUCUAACGUCAAAGAUGUGAAUUACUGCUGAUCAAAUGGUACUGCCUAUGUUCAUUUGCUUACAUUUAAGUUGUUACCAAACCAAAGCUACACAAGUGGGAGAAAUGUUUCUAGCAAGAAGCAACAACAUAUAACAUGUUUCUGAAUCUUUGAAGUUCGUUGUACACAUUUAACAUAUAGGUUAAUAAAUGUAUUGCAACAUGAUUUAUCAUUGUGAUGUAAUCCAACUUAAUAAUAAAUCAACGUCAUAAUAUAUGAAAACGAGUAUCCCUUGGAGUU